UAAGUGGAAUAAAAAAAUCAAUUCACAUGUUUUUGGGCUGCGGUGUUAAGGACGUAAAUCUCGUUAUUUUUGUAUUGGAACAGUGUUUUAAUUCAAACAAGCAUAUAGAAACAUCAAAAGACUUUUCCAGAAUGGUUAGGGAAAUACUAUUAGGUGAUGUUUAUGGACGUCUUAUGAUAAGUGACAGAGCAGAAAAUAUUGAUAUCAACGUUGAAAAUUUCACUAUAAAAUCUACAAAAUAUCAACUUUCCAAUAAAUACAACCCAGAAAUGAAAUUUUCUGUUUAUAUUGAAGAGAUUUAUGUUAUUAAAAAUCAGCCGAUUUCCGAGAUUGAAAUUAAAAGAAUUAAUUGA